AUGACAACCUUCAGACAUGACAGAGCCAAAGAAACUCUGAUCAAACUGCAACACGACACCGUGGCGCUGCAUGUCGCCGUGACAAACGCCAUCGGCACGUUUCCACAGCCUCAGUCAGAAACAACAGGAUCUGGUGACGCCGCAUUCAGAGCUCAGCUCACAUGCACCUGUGGCUACAACACCUGUGGCUACAGCACCUGUGGCUACAGCACCUGUGUCUACAACACCUGUGGCUACAACACCUGUGGCUACAACACCUGUGUCUACAGCACCUGUGUCUACAGCACCUGUCACCUGUGCGUACAGCACCUGUGUCUACAGCACCUGUGCCUACAGCACCUGUGUCUACAGCACCUGUGGCUACAACACCUGUGGCUACAACACCUGUGUCUACAGCACCUGUGGCUACAACACCUGUGUCUACAGCACCUGUGGCUACAACACCUGUGGCUACAACACCUGUGUCUACAGCACCUGUGUCUACAGCACCUGUGUCUAAAGCACCUGUGGCUACAACACCUGUGCCGACAGCACCUGUGUCUACAGCACCUGUGGCUACAGCACCUGUGUCUACAGCACCUGUGGCUACAACACCUGUGUCUACAGCACCUGUGUCUACAGCACCUGUGGCUACAGCACCUGUGGCUACAGCACCUGUGUCUACAGCACCUGUGGCUACAACACCUGUGUCUACAGCACCUGUGUCUACAGCACCUGUGGCUACAGCACCUGUGUCUACAGAACCUGUGUGUAAAGCACCUGUGUGUACAGCACCUGUGCCUAGAGCACCUGUGCCUAGAGCACCUGUGCCUAGAGCACCUGUGCCUACAGCACCUGUGUCUACAGUACCUGUGCCUACAGCACCUGUGUCUACAGCACCUGUGCCUACAGCACCUGUGCCUAGAGCACCUGUGCCUACAGCACCUGUGCCUACAGCACCUGUGCCUACAGCACCUGUGUCUACAACACCUGUGCCUACAGCACCUGUGUGUACAGCACCUGUGUCUACAGCACCUGUGUUUUUGA